UAAAUUUAGUUAUGGCAUCAGUAUUGAACCCUUUAACUUGUUAUACAACAUGGGUAAAGCUAUAAUUUUUAUGAUUUUCACUAUGUCUAUGAAUAUGAUUAAAGCUGAAACUUGCAAAUCCAUUGAUAAGGGUCCUGUAAUCCCAACAACCCCUUUAGUGAUUUUUCUUGAAAAAGUUCAAGAAGCUGCUCUUCAAACUUAUGGCCAUAAAGGGUUUGAUGCUAAACUGUUUGUUGAUAUGUCACUGAGAGAGAAUCUUUCAGAAACAGUUGAAGCUUUUAAUAAGCUUCCAAGAAUCGUGAAUGGUUCAAUAUCAAAAAGUGAUUUGGAUGGUUUUAUAGGUAGUUAUUUGAGUAGUCCUGAUAAGGAUUUGGUUUAUGUUGAGCCUAUGGAUUUUGUGGCUGAGCCUGAAGGCUUUUUGCCAAAGGUGAAGAAUUCUGAGGUGAGGGCAUGGGCAUUGGAGGUGCAUUCACUUUGGAAGAAUUUAAGUAGGAAAGUGGCUGAUCAUGUAUUGGAAAAACCAGAGUUGUAUACUUUGCUUCCAUUGAAAAAUCCAGUUAUUAUACCGGGAUCGCGUUUUAAGGAGGUUUAUUAUUGGGAUUCUUAUUGGGUAAUAAGGGGUUUGUUAGCAGGCAAAAUGUAUGAAACUGCAAAAGGGAUUGUGAAUAACCUGGUUUCUCUGAUAGAUCAAUUUGGUUAUGUUCUUAACGGUGCAAGAGCAUACUACAGUAACAGAAGUCAGCCUCCUGUCCUGGCCGCGAUGAUUGUUGACAUAUUCAAUCAGACAGGUGAUUUAGAUUUGGUUAGAAGAUCCCUUCCUGCUUUGCUCAAGGAGAAUCAUUUUUGGAAUUCAGGAAUACAUAAGGUGACUAUUCAAGAUGCUCAGGGAUCAAACCACAGCUUGAGCCGGUACUAUGCUAUGUGGAAUAAGCCCCGUCCAGAAUCGUCAACUAUUGACAGUGAAACAGCUUCCGUACUCCCAAAUAUAUGUGAAAAAAGAGAAUUAUACCGCGAACUGGCAUCAGCUGCUGAAAGUGGAUGGGAUUUCAGUUCAAGAUGGAUGAGCAACGGAUCUGAUCUGACAACAACUAGUACAACAUCAAUUCUACCAGUUGAUUUGAAUGCAUUCCUUCUGAAGAUGGAACUUAACAUAGCCUUUCUAGCAAAUCUUGUUGGAGAAAGUAGCACGGCUUCACAUUUUACAGAAGCUGCUCAAAAUAGACAGAAGGCUAUAAACUGUAUCUUUUGGAACGCAGAGAUGGGGCAAUGGCUUGAUUACUGGCUUAUCAACAGCGACACAUCUGAGGAUAUUUAUAAAUGGGAAGAUUUGCACCAGAACAAGAAGUCAUUUGCCUCUAAUUUUGUUCCGCUGUGGACUGAAAAUUCUUGUUCAGAUAAUAAUAUCACAACUCAGAAAGUAGUUCAAAGUCUCAUGAGCUCGGGCUUGCUUCAGCCUGCAGGGAUUGCAAUGACCUUGUCUAAUACUGGACAGCAAUGGGAUUUUCCAAAUGGUUGGCCCCCCCUUCAACACAUAAUCAUUGAAGGUCUCUUAAGGUCUGGACUAGAAGAGGCAAGAACCUUAGCAAAAGACAUUGCUAUUCGCUGGUUAAGAACUAACUAUGUGACUUACAAGAAAACCGGUGCUAUGUAUGAAAAAUAUGAUGUCACAAAAUGUGGAGCAUAUGGAGGUGGUGGUGAAUAUAUGGCCCAAACGGGUUUCGGGUGGUCAAAUGGCGUCGUACUGGCACUGCUAGAGGAAUUUGGCUGGCCUGAAGAUUUGAAGAUUGACUGCUAAUGAGCAAGUAGAAAAGCCAAAUGAAACAUCAUUGAGUUUUAUUUUCUUCUUUUGUUAAAAUAAGCUGCAGUGGUUUGCUGAUAGUUUAUGUUUUGUAUUACUAUUUCAUAAGGUUUUUGUACCAUGGUCUAUGUUAUCGGAUAUUACCAUCAACUAUGUCGUUCGGACUCUUCAAAUCGGAUUUUGCAAAAAUAAUGCAGUUUUGGAGAAUCCGAUAACAUAGACCAUGCAUGGAUCUAAAUUGUAAACAGCUUACUAUAUUAAGUAAAAGUAAGAUGAUUCCUCUGCUUUAAUAAAUGAACAUAAGUUAUUCUUA